AUUCAGAUGGUCUACUCUUCCCACACGAUCCUCCGCUGGCUUGUGGCGAGCCCCGGUCUCGAGCACGUUGCGUUCCAACUCUCCGUUCACCGUGACGACGAUAUGUGGACUGAUUUCGAUGCAUCGCAAUUCCGGAAAGCUCUUCUUCUCUCUCGACAGACGCUGAAGACCCUGCGUCUGGAAGUGGAUGAGUAUUUUGAUCGGGCAGUUACUGAUUACCAAGACGAGAAAGAGAAGCCGUUUGGCGCAUUCACGAAUUUUACUAUGCUCCAGGACCUGGUCAUCCGGCAUGCACACCUCACAGGGCGAUCUUCCGACAUCGCAGUCCAGGAUAUACCGCGAUUUUUAGUCGAGAUGCUUCCUGUCUGCCUGAAACGCCUCACUGUGAAGGAUAUUAUGGGCGAGGAUCUUCCGGAUUUGCUGGUCAUGCUUCAAGGGUUGGUGCAGCACAGGGAUCUCUUUUGUCAGCUCGAACAAAUCACAUUGUGUGCGGGUUGGCUGGAUGAUGAUCUGAUAAGUCCCCUGAGAGUGGCUUCCGAAGCUGUGGAAUUUCCGAGAACAUAAGCUCAGGGCGCUUAAGGUUUCUGCGGAAUCUUCUUCAUGUCGAGAAUACUCCCCAAUAGAUAUGAGCACUUCACAGGGUAAAUCUUCCAUAGUGUUGGCGUUUGUUCUGUCAUAACAUCA